UUCGUCUUUGCAGAGGUGUGUAAUUUGUCUUUCGGUUUAUAUGCACGGUGUUAACUCAGAAGCACGCGGCGCUAAAAGUAAAAAAAAUGAAAUUCAAACCAAUUUCAAAAGUUUUAAAUUUCUGGCUUCCCCCCUCGCUACAGAGCAUGUAUUUCGCGCAGCGUCUGGGAUCGAUUCAGGUCGAUACUCGGACGCCCGGUCGCGGCCACUUGUGCUCAACAUACUAGGUUCUCUUCGACAGUUCCCUAGUAGGUUGUGUCGCGUGGUGGAUCUCGAUUGCCUUCUUCACUUUCUUCCACUUGGAGUUCUUCAAUUUCUGCACACGCUGCUAGGCAGUCGCAAAUUGAAUUCCGCCCUGUCCGCGGGAUAGAAAGCAGCUUUUUGCCCAUUCCUUUGCCUCGAUCUUUGGUAGAUGGGAGCUUACGCGGUCUUAUGGCGUGCUCCUCUGCUUCUAUUUCUUUUUCUUGUUGUGCCUCCUUUCUUUGCCCCGGGUGUUGGUGCACCACGCCCGUGUCUGAGUUUAGCUUUCGUUAUCGUGUCUGAGUUUAGCUUUCAGGGGAAAUCUGAUCCGAAUUUGAUCCGAAAACGGUCCGGACGUGGAAUGUAGUAUGCGGACCAAAUUUGGACCAAAUUUGGACCGGUUCCUGACCAGAUCUCGAUCAACCAUUUGAAAUUGGUUGGAGGUCUCGAUCAACCGUUUGAAAUUGGUUCGAAAUCUCGAUCAACCGUUUGAAAUUGGCCGGAGUCUCGAUUACCCGUUUGAAAUUCCCGAUCACCGUUUGAAAUCUCCGGCCGCCAUGUGAAUUCGCAGCCUGCCGGCGGCCGCCAAGCGGCGACUUUCGUCCGUCAGUAGUUGGCCUGCGGGCUUGUUAGCGGAUUUGCCGGUCUCCCUUUAAGGUGUUUCGGAAAGAUCGAGAGAGUGGUAGGCUAAUGCGUGACGCCUCGUACAGAUGGAGCGAUCGGCCGCUCGGGUGAGUGGUCGCUCGGCGACCCAUCGCGAAUAAAACUCGCCUUGGCUGUCACCGUAUGCAUGCUCUGUUUCUUACAUAUGUCAACAAAAAUGAUGAACACCCACCCACCCCUGCAUGCAAAGUCUGAAACUUUUGAAAUUGGUUUGAAUUCCGUUAGAAAAGAAAUUAGUGCUCGCUUGCUUUUGAGUUAACACGGUGGCCGCGUGCCAACACGCGCAUAUAGUAAGUGUGAAAUGUAAGUGUACUCGUGACAAAGACAAACAAGUUUUAAAGUCCGACGGUAGAAUUUUUUUUUGAACGGCUUGAGCCACGGCUACUUGGCCCACCUGUAUGAUAUAUCAUUUUGACGUCGUGACAAACCAACGGAAAGAGGAACCAAAGUGGUAGGCAGUCCCAGUAUUUCUAUUUGCUAAAAUUUGUCCAGCUCAACAUGAAACAUAGAGUAAGAAGAAAAUAAAGCAAUCUCGCACGUCACACUACGUAAAU